AUGUUAAAUACUAGGGAGUGGACGGAGGGGAGUUUAAUGGAUGAGUCCGGAUUGGGUCAGGAUAAGGCAGCGCACACACCCAGGGCCCUUCAGAACAUCGUUCGAGACGACACCCCUGACCCACUUCCCAAAGACGCUCCAUCAAUCAAGCCGGACGAUAUCAAAAACACUGUCUCCCAGGUCGCUAAGGACCCGACUAACGCGCUGAACGUCAUCAAGGACCACCCCUCCGAUGCGCUUCCUCAUGAUGCCAAACCCAGCGCUGCCCCGCCUCCCACCAAGCGAAUCUUCAAGGAUAUAAUCCAUCAAAUCUUCAACGACGCUCAACCCGCCCAGGGCAAUUCUCCGGACAGGCGAGCCGGAACACCUGACUCCGACUUCCCUGACGAAUAUCUCCAAAAAGUGAAGGAUUCAGUCCUUUCCCCUCCGAAGUAAUGACCUUUGUGUGGGAUCAGGUCAGGAUGGGGCGGGGAGGUAGAGUUUGAUGUUUGGUUUGCGCACGUCUUUUUUACUCUUACUCUCUAUACCCUUUACGCCAGUCUUUCGCUUAUAAUUUAUGAAAUUCUUCAUGCGA